CCUGAGAUAUUUCCAACCAAACAUUUUUUGUCUUUUCCUUAUAACUACUCCGAAGUCGAAAUCUUUUGAUCAAGUUCUUGAAACAAGUUUUGGUCAACAGAUACGAGCUGAGAACUGUGCCGCCCGCAAUCUUCCGAAUUCGUGUCUAACUAUACGGAGCGUCAAACGUCGGACGUAAAAUGUUCAAAUAUCUAUGAUCAAUUCAACACUUAAAUGCGUUCGUCCAAAGUUCCAGUACACUUUAGUGAAUUAUUAUUAAAUCAUUCAACGAAAUCGUCAUAUUAUAAACAAACAAAAAAGACAACACAAAUAAUAAAUAGUAUAAUUAUUAUUCUAGUUUUAACACUAGCUAUACACGUUUCAUCGCUACAAAAGUUUAUCCGGGCCGUAACUUGAGCCUGUCAGUUUGAAAAAAUAUUCAAAGCGUAGCAGAUACUUAUACCUAUCCGUGUGCGGACAGUAUAGGUACUUAUACCUUCAUUUCCCGCCAAUUUUUUUAAGUGAAAUUUUAAAAACAAACACAAACAAAAAAAAAAGUAAAAAUUAAUUAUACGCAAUUUAUAUAGAAUAACUUCUCGGAAAAAAAAUAAUACCUGCAGCUAUAGGAGGUCAAGUAAUUGAUGAAUAAUAACUUGGUCCGCACCAUUACCUGCAAGCUUGACCUUCUGGCUCUCGCAGUGCAUUAAUCGAUGUUCACAACGAGAAAAAAAAAUCAUCCAUAAAAUACUACUUGUCUCUUAGUGAUGUGAAGCGGUCUUGGUGAAGCUACGGAAAUAUGAAAAAAUGUUUCUGGUUGCAAAAUAAUUAAAUCAGUUUUUAAGUUUAUCUUAAUAAUUUUUGACGUGUUUUCUUCGGUUUCGGCGUGGGUAGCUAUUUUCGGGAUAAUAAUGUUGUCGUUGAAUAUGCACAAUUCGUCGCUUGAAUUCCUGGGCCAUAACCUUCCAUCCUACAUGGACGACUAUACGGGCUUGAUAUCACAAGGUGUAGUGAUGCCUGUUAAUGAAUCUUCUAUGGUUUCACCUUCGACUUCUUAUUCUUCGGCCGUGUACGAUCCACUGCUGAUGCAAAUUUCGAAUGACACAUACCCCUUUCAGCUGGAGCACGCUCCACAGCUCACCAAGUCGUCGGUUAUCAAAGUGAUUGUGCUGUCGAUAAUGGGCAUAAUUUCGUUGUUUGGCAAUGUUGCAACAAUGUGGAAUAUAUAUAAGACCCGCAUGAGCCGGAGGGCAUCGCGUCAAAGUUGGAGUGCAAUUUAUUUGCUCAUAUUUCAUUUGUCUAUUGCCGAUGUCCUGGUAACGGGAUUUUGUAUUAUUGGCGAGGCUGCUUGGAGUUAUACUGUUCAAUGGUUGGCAGAUGAUUUUACCUGCAAAAUGGUGAAACUUUUUCAAAUGUUUAGCUUGUAUUUGUCGACGUAUGUGCUGGUGCUGAUUGGAGUUGACCGCUGGAUUGCUGUGAAAUAUCCAAUGAAAUCAUUGAAUAUGGCUAAAAGGUGCUACAGGCUAUUAGGCGGAACAUAUGUGCUGUCAAUAUUUCUCAGUUUGCCACAGUUCUUCAUUUUCCGAGUGGCAAGAGGACCUUUCAUUGAAGAAUUCUAUCAAUGUGUUACUCAUGGUUUCUACACAGCUGAAUGGCAGGAACAGUUUUACAACACAUUUACAUUAUUUUUUACCUUUAUUAUUCCAUUGUGUAUACUGUUUGUGACGUAUCUAUCUACAUUCAGGACGAUUUCAGAUAGUGAAAAAAUGUUCCAAGGAUCCAAAUUAGCUGUAUAUACAAAUAAACCAACAGUUCAAACAAAUCGACAACGAUUAAUACAAAAGGCUAAAAUGAAGUCGCUACGCAUUUCGGUUGUGAUAAUUGCUGCAUUUUUAAUUUGCUGGACACCCUACAAUGUGAUGAUGAUAAUAUUUACCUUUCUCAAUCCUGAUAAAAGGCUGGGAGAAGACCUUCAAUCUGGAAUCUUCUUCUUUGGCAUGUCCAAUAGUCUUGUGAAUCCCCUCAUUUAUGGUGCAUUUCACCUGUGUCCCCUCAAGAGAAAAAAGAGUAGAUACAAUCAUCAUAGUCUAACUAGAGGAGACUCCCAGAGAUCCCCGUCAAUGAUGACCAACGUAACGCAAGUCGAUAGCAAUGGUCGACAAACAAGAACUUUCCGACAGGCAAGUUAUUACAGAACGAACAGCAGCUGCAGCACCAAAGAGCAAAUUAAUCUCCUCAAUGCCCAACCAGUUCGCAAUAAUCAUUUACCAAGAAUUGUAUCCACUCGGCUGAAGGCAUCUCCUAAUGGCUCAGCGAUUCCCAUUGUCCUCAAUGGACCAAAUGGUGUUUCGACAUUUCCCAAUUCCAAAGACAAUGUAUCUAGUGUGUAGUAUGAAUUUUGUUGGCGUCACGAUUGCUGGUGUAGAUACUAGAUACAUCAGCUAAGGGAUGCAUUUCAAAAUGAAUGAAUAAUAAAAAAAAAAUAAAAUAAAAGAAUUCCAAACAACGAGGUUUAACCAAAACAACAAACAACAACUGUGCCAAGCAGCUGAUCGAUAUGAAGCAAAAACGAAUAAAUAAAUAAAUAUGUAAAUUUAUAUAUACAUAUACUCCAUGUAAAAAAUGUAAAUAAUAUAAGAUACAUAAAUAUAUAUAUUUUUAAUAAGACAUA